UACAUUAUUUGCUGUUUACAGUUUUCCAAUGGAAGGUUUUAAAUUUAUUGCGUUUGUGCUUUUCCUAUUGGGUUUCCAGUUGUAUGCUGUUCAUUGCCAGAAUUGUGAAACAGAAAGAAAUGCAUCUGGAAAGAUUUUUUCGGAUGGCAAAUUUUCCUCUUUUGAAAAAUGUUGGACAAUUCCAGUUCCAGCCGACCAUGUUAUUCGUCUGAAGUUCGAAAGCAUAAAUUCGAAUCUUUCUUGUGUAGAUGACUAUGUGAAAAUCACUGUUACGGGAACAAGUGAUGUAUACAUAUUUUGCAGUUCAAAUUACAGUAAAAGUCCCAUCACAGCUUUUGCUACAGUUACUGUAGUUCAUUUCGUACGGAAAGUCUAUUCUAAUUCAACUUUCGAACUUGAAUACAUUGUCAGAACGGGACUGCUAACCAUCGACGGAGUUUCCGAGGCAAGAGAGAAGGCCGUUUCCUGGUUGAUACAAAAAAGAACGGGUGCCUGGGGUUGGAGAGAAAACACCCCUCGAGCUGUUGUAGCUCUCUAUUUGGCAGCAGCUGCUACAUUCAAUGGUACUGUCCUUGAGGAAGAAUUAAUGGCAAAGGAGGCUUCGUUAAGAACAGCAGUUUCUCUAUUAAGGCCCUCCUUAACGAACAGCGAAUUAAGCAUGUUCAUCAAUGCCCUUCUGGUCACCUGCCACAGCCCUCGACAGUUCUACGGCAACAACUUGGUGAAACGUCUCAAGGAGCAAGUGGAGGAAUCCGGGAACUUCACGCACCCUCUGGCUUACUUAACGCUCUGCAAUGCCAACGAAUCCUGGCCUCUCAGAGCUAUUUCAGAUCUUAAUAGUAUAUUGAGCAGCGAUUCUGAAUAUCCUUUUGUGAAAGAUCUACAAGCAAUGGCUCUCAUGGCUUUAUCUUGCGAGGCAAAUCGCACCAGCAACAUCACAAACAAUAUGCUCAGCAACAGUACUUUAACAUUAUACAAGGCGACGAUACAGCAUUUCAAAAAGCUCCAAACUCAUGAUGGCAGUUUUGGAAAUGUUUAUACCACAGCUUUAAUAACUCAAGCUCUCCUAUCGAGUGGUCAAGAGCUAGCCAAGGACUGGAAUCUGACUGCAACCGUUAAAUACUUGAUAAAAGAGCUGAACUCUCCUUCUGUAAAUUUCUUGGCGAUAUACUUGACUCUGCCCAUCUUGAACGAGAACACUCUCGUGGACAUUUCGAAUGUAGACUGUUCAGAUAAUCCACGGACUCAUCGAGAUGAUCUUGUUAAUGAAGUCGGUGACUAUCUAGGAGCGAAAAUACGAGUGGCAUAUUCUUUAUACAUAGGGGACGAAAAGGACGUCAUACAUUCUAUUUCCCUCAGAGUACCAGAAAAUUACACGGCUGCCGAAGUCAUGGAAUUAGCUGCAAUUGAAGAUCCGAAAUACAAAUUUGAAUGGAAAACAAUGCUGGGAAAAAUGUACGUUUAUGAAAUUGCAAACAUAACAAAUGAUCCUGAAGCUGGCAAAUUCUGGUUGCUGUAUAUAAGUUCUGCUAAUUCUGAGCCAUUAUUUCAUUUAACAAAAGGGCCAGAUGAAGUCAUUAUGGGUGACGGACAGCGCCUUAUUUUAUGGUACAAAACAGCAACAAUUUGAUGAAUAGCGAUAAUGGGAUACUGCAAAAUGUUGAAAUUGAAUUUCUCCUUUACUGCAGAAGAAUAUAUGUAUUUUCACUGUCUGAAUAUUGUAAAAUAAAUAACUUAUUG